GUAAUGGGAAAGAUAUGUAAUGCUAUACAUGGUUUGAAGCCAACGAUGAUGAUGGUGGUGGUCCAGAUGGCAUAUGCAGGAAUGAAUAUUUUCUACAAACUUGCAGCAAAUGAUGGAAUGAGCAUGAGGGUUUUGGUUGCUUACCGAUUUACAUUCGCUGCUGCUUUUAUAAUCCCUCUUGCUCUCUACGUUGAAAGGAACAGUCGGCCAAAGCUGACAUGGAUUGUAGUGUUCCAAGCAUUUCUUUGUGGCUUAUUUGGAGGAUCGUUGGGUCAAAACUUAUAUGCUCAGGGCUUAGUGUUAACCUCAGCAACAUUUGCUUCUGCUAUGACCAAUCUCGUCCCUGCCAUCACCUUUGUCAUGGCGAUAUCAAUUGGGUUGGAGAAGUUGGGAUUGGGUACGACUGCCGGUAAAGCAAAGUUAGUGGGGACAGCAAUAGGAAUAGGUGGGGCUAUGCUGCUCACUUUCUAUAAAGGGGUUGAAAUAAAUAUUUGGUCAACGAAUAUUGACCUUUUGCAUCAUAAUCAUGAUAGACACGUGGCAGCACAGGGACACCCAGAGUCUAGUGAUCGAGUGUUGGGUGCUUUUUUGGUUGUGUGCGGUUGUUUCUGUAUUGCACUAUGGUUGAUCAUUCAGGCUAAGAUGGUGCAGAGGUAUCCUUGUCUCUACUCCGGCACCGCUUUAAUCUCUGUGAUGGGGGCAAUUCAGGCCAUUGGUUUUGCUCUAUGCAUGGAGAGAGAUUGGAGUCGAUGGAAGUUGGGUUGGAACAUCAAACUAGUCACAAUAUUUUACUCUGGAAUUGUGGCUUCUGGACUAGUGAUUACUCUAACUGCAUGGUGUGUACGCAUGAGGGGUCCACUUUUUGCAUCAAUUUUUAGUCCUUUGAUGCUUGUGCUUGUAGCAAUCGCGGGGUCUUUGCUUUUGAAUGAGAAGCUACACUUAGGAAGCAUCCUUGGAGCUGUAUUGAUAGUGUGUGGACUGUACGCGGUGUUAUGGGGAAAAGGCAAAGAGAUGAAGAAGAAUGUUCAACUCAUGCCAUCCAAAAGCUCCAAGGAAUCAGAGCGAAUCAAUAUCAUCCUAGCUUCUUCAUUAGAAAAAACCAACGACAAUAAGAAUGACAAUAUUAGUAGCAACGUGACAGAGGUUAAUCCCUAAACCCUUCCAAUAAUACAUAACAACAUUUUACCAAAAAUGUUGAAGGACAAGGGUGGUGAAGGAGGAGAUGAAUAUACACCUACUUAGUACCAUCAAUUAUAGGAAGUUGAGUUUUGGUAGGGUUGAAGAUGGGUGACAUACAUUUUUCUUUUUCUUUUUUUUUGGUACGUAUAGUAGUGUUCUUUUCAUCGUAAUAGUAUUUACAUUAUCCUAAAUAUGAAAUGUAGUGUAACAACUUUAGAUGUUGUUUUAUGGUAAUGUUGCCCGAAAUCUUCGACAAGCAAGAGUAAUCGACAAGGGCAUGUUUGGUAAGCGUUUUAUUUUUGGUAUUUUUAUUUUUGUUG